AUGACCGAGACACAUGCCGAUUUUCUGCCUGCUAGUGGAGCCAUCGUCGUUGUGAUAUGUUCCUCGCAGAACGUUCUCAGUUACGAUCCAAAGGCCUAUGAGCGGCAGACUCGAUUCGCGCAGGACGUGAUGAAGAGGGUAGCGGAAACCAAAUCCCUAGCCGGUGUGCCUGUGGUCGUUCUACUUGUGUCAAAUGGCACGGCGAGGCAAACACAUGAGUAUGGUUUGAAGGACUUCCCUACUCUAGUCACGCUCAAUGACUACUCGACGGCCGCUCUUACCAACGCUGUGCGUGUGCUGUUUGAGAAGUGA